GGAGCACAACAAAAUAUGCAAAAAUCAACCAGCUCUGUCUUGCUGUUUUCUCAUUUCAUUUCUUCUUCGUCGAUACUCUCUAUCUGCUGCGCCCUGCGAUGCGAUAGGAGAGAGUCUGUCUGUUUGGCCUCGCACCCUCGAAGAUAGAUACGAAUAGAAUAGGACCCUCCUCAAAAGAUAAUAGAUAGAGAGGUCUGCGUUCGUUUCGGAACUUAGUCCCACCAUAAAUUGUCAGUUGGGACUUUAUUUUAAUUUAAUUCUGGUAUAUCAAAGCACAGGCGAAGAAGAAGAACACAAAUUCUGCCAAAUUGCUACUUAACUCGGGAAGCCCUGGGAUGGCAUAUAUCUUGCCCAACCUCUCCCCGACAAUCAUCCACUCCAAGGAAAAAUCACUCCACCCCUCCUCUCCUCCUCCUCCUCCUCUGCUUCUACCCCCACCGCCUCCUAGGCAGGCCUCCUCUCUUUCUGUUCCCACCAAGCAGCAGCUGCAGCACCCGCGCCACCACCUACUCCUCCACCACCCCACCACCUGUGCCACCGCGACUGCUGCCGUUGCUCUUGCUUCUCCUCAGGAUAAUAAGCAACAUGACCACAGGGAUGAUUUCUUUGUGAACCUGGGUCUGGCUGUGCGGACUCUAAGGGAAGACCUCCCUCUCCUCUUCACCAAAGACCUCAAUUAUGACAUUUAUAGGGAUGACAUCACAUUCGUGGACCCGUUAAACACCUUCGCUGGGAUUGAAAAGUACAAACUGAUCUUCUGGGCUUUGAGAUUCCACGGCAGAAUCUUGUUUAGGGAGAUUUCACUUCAACUACUUAGGAUUUGGCAGCCGUCUGAGAAUUUGAUUCUGAUCAGAUGGAACUUGAGGGGUGUUCCUCGGGUCCCCUGGGAGGCCAGGGGCGAAUUCCAGGCCACCUCCAGGUAUAAGCUGGACCGCAACGGUAAAAUCUACGAGCACAAAGUUGAUAACUUGGCAUUCAACUUCCCACAGCCCCUAAAACCUGCGGCUUCUGUGCUCGACCUGGUUGCUUCGUGUCCUACCAGCCCAAAUCCUACAUUUCUCUGGGGACCUGCCGAUGUGCAUUCUUCUUCCUGGGUUGAAUUUUACCGAGCCGUCAAGGAGACUUUGGACAGAGAAACAUCGUUGAUUUCUCAAGAUUGCUUAAUUCCUUGUUCAUAGAGAACACGUAUUUCAGGGCAUUACUAUUAGGUGCCUCAAACUUUUUAUAUGCAAAUGCAAAUGCUAUGCAUUAUUCUAUGCCAGUGUCAGCGUCACUUGGCACGCAUACCUAUUAUAUACUUUGUAGUUAUGCUGAAGGAUUUCGGCAUUGUUUUGCUAAUAAGAUUCGAAUGGUAUGUAUAGCUUCUGUUAACUGUUGAUUCUAAUAAAGCCUGCCCAUGUCUAUUAUUUUUCUGCUGUUACAA